CCUCUAAUCUUUCCUCAGCUUGCAGGGAAGUACGACCCCCACAAGGAGGAAGAGCUGCGGCUGUGGAUCGAGGAUUUGACCGGGAAGAAGAUGGGAGACCACUUCAUGGAGAGCCUGAAGGACGGAGUCCUGCUGUGCGAACUGAUUAACGUGAUGCAGCCGGGUUCUGUGAAAAGGAUCAACCACUCCCCUCAAAACUGGCACCAGCUGGAAAACAUCGGGAAUUUUGUCCGCGCGAUCACGGACUUCGGCCUGAGGCCACACGACAUCUUUGAGGCCAACGAUCUGUUUGAGAACGUGAACCACACUCAGGUCCAGUCCACACUCAUCGCUCUGGCUGGAAUGGCCAAGUCCAAAGGCUUCCAGUCCAAAUACGACUUAGGGGUGAAGUACGCCGAGAAGCAGCAGCGUCGCUUUGCUCCGGAGAAGCUGAAGGAGGGACGCAACGUCAUAGGCCUGCAGAUGGGCACCAACAAGCUUGCCAGCCAAAAGGGCAUGACGUCAUACGGCACACGGCGCCAUUUGUAUGACGCCAAGAUAGGCAUGGACAACCCAGUGGACCAGUCUACCAUCAGCCUACAGAUGGGCACCAACAAAGGAGCCAGCCAGUCCGGCAUGACGGCUCCAGGGACCAGGAGACACAUCUUUGACAAGAAGCUGGAGCUGGAGAACUGUGACACCACCACCAUCUCUCUGCAGAUGGGCACCAACAAAGUGGCCUCGCAGAAGGGCAUGACCACCUACGGCCUGCCGCGCCAGGUGUUUGACAACAAGUACUGCGCCAACCCCACUGAGCCCUGCGACAACGGCAGUGAGCUGGAGUUUGACGGCUACAACCAGUACUCCGACUAAAGUGUGACUGUAUGAGAACACGGACAGCUGCACCGCUCCACAACUGACUUUUAUUUAACACUGAUUGAUAUCAAUGUCGUCUUUACUGCCCUU